AUGAACUGUGACACACCGCACAACAAGAGCCUGAUCGUUGCUAAUGACACCAGGAUCAGCAUGAUAUCUCUGAGCAGCAGCGAACCCGUUAUAGAUCGGGUCCUCACCAGCGCUCCCAAAAACCUGAAAAGUAUUGAUGUGGACAUUAGAGAGAACAAGAUCUAUUGGUCUGAGAUAAACUUAGAGGGGGGAGCAAUCUGGGUGUUGGAUAUGAAAACGGGUGAAACUGAGAAGAUUGUGUGGGAAGACAUGCUGAUCCCUAACAGUAUCGCAGUGGAUUGGAAUGCUCAGAACAUCUAUUGGGUGGACUCAAGCCCUGAAGGAAAAGGAACCCUUGAGGUGAUGUCGCUCAGAUCCAGGAAGAGAUCCGUCCUGAAGAAGUAUGAAGAGGUUUCAAAGCGUCCUCAUCAGAUUGUACUGGAUCCCAACGAGAAACUGCUCUUUGUAUCCUACCCUGUUCCCGUCAAAGAAGUCAUAACCCGGAUGUGGAUGGAUGGUUCAAACCCGUUUGAUAUCAUGACCAUGGACAUUCGUGGGCCGACACAGCGCGGUGCACAAGUCGUCAGUUCUCUGGCAAUCGACCUGAUUGACAAGAAAUUGUACUGGAGUUCCAACGACAACAUGAACCAUAUUUCCUCUUGUGACUAUGCGGGAGAAAACAAGGACAUCAACAAUGAUCAUCACGCCAGGACGAUCAAAACUAUCAGUAUUCUCAAUAGGAACGUGUUUGUUCAAAACUUGGAAUACUCUGCUGACACACAGGUCAUGGAGUACCAAGAGUACGAAAACAACAACGGAGAAGAAACUCGGCACUCUAAAACCUACACCUUCCACCACCUAAAAGGAAACAUCGUGUCAAUGAGGGUAUCCAGCGUGGCAGUGUUAGAAGACGCGACCCAACCCUGUCGAGUAAACAUGUGUGUGGAACGCAUCUGCAUUCCUAAUGAUAUUGAGCCCUUCUGUAGGUGUGGAGAUGAUGAUCACAGCUGCAAGGAGGAGAACGAGCAGAAGGUGGAAGUUGUUAUGAACCAUCUCCCCGACACCCCGUCUCUGUGUAACGAAUCCAUCUGCAACGGUCACGGAACCUGUAUCCAAUACAAGCUGUCCAACAAUACCAGUUAUGGAAUGAAAUGCGAGUGUGAUGAAGGCUUUGAGAGACCCAGGUGCGCUAGAAAGAAAGGAGGGAACAUUGCUAUCUCCCCGGCGAUAGCAGUGCCAGUUGUUAUAGUUCUCAUUGGCAUAGUGGUUCUAGUUUUAUGGUGGCACCCCAAGUUAUGCAACUACCUUAACACGCAUAAGGUGUAA